AUGAACACAAGAGAGACGCUCGAUGCCUCUGGCGGCCCGGUGUCGCUGACGGCCUCGUUCAACAGUGACAGCAGCUGUUUCUCCGUUGGACUGAACUCAGGGUUCUGCGUAUUCAACUCGGAUCCAUGCGAGCUCAAAGUAUCAAGAGAUUUCAAUGCGGGUGUUGGCAUAGUUGAGAUGGUUGGACAGUCCAACUACCUCGCCCUCGUUGGUGGAGGCCAUACCCCCAAGUUUCCCCAGAACAAGGUGAUAAUAUGGGAUGAUGCAAAACAACUUGCUGCUAUGACACUUGAAUUUCGCACCUCGAUUCUGCGGGUGUGUAUCACAAAGUCUCGCAUAGCCGUUGCUCUCUAUGACUGUGUCCAUCUCUAUGCCUUUUCGGUCCCGCCUAAGAAGAUUGCGGUCUAUGAGACUGGAGAAAACCCGCAUGGCCUUGUUUGUCUCGGAGAGACUCACAUUGCUGUUCCGGGCCGAUCUGCCGGACAGGUGCAGCUGAUCAAAUUGGAUACAGGGAAUGUUAGCAUUUUACCUGCCCACACUUCACCCCUGAGUGCAAUGACUUUCAGUGGUGAUGGAGCGGUGCUUGCUACCGCAAGUCAAACAGGGACAAUUAUUAGAGUGUUCGCUACUAGUAACGGGGCUAAGAUGGCUGAGCUUCGAAGGGGCCUUGAUCCAGCGGAGAUAUUCUCUUUGGCAAUAUCCCCUUCCAAUACCCUUCUUGCCGUCACAUCCGACAAGGCAACUCUACACAUAUUCGACAUUCCACAUGCCAGAAAUGGCCAGGAAGCAAACAAUGCACCCACUACUACCCCACCGGACGAAUCAACAAACCGGGGAUGGGGGAUAAUAAGCAAACUGCCUUUCCUCCCGCGUGUGUUUUCAGAUGUCUACUCCUUUGCCAGUGCCAGAUUUGAUAUCGGUGAAGAACCACUCGGGUCCAACUACAUUCCGCCGCCCGGUGCGCCUUCUGAGCGACCUUCAAAGGGCAUAAUUGGUUGGACGAGCGAUAAGUCGUUGCUCGUGCUGGGAGCUGGAAAAGCCGGUAGAUGGGAACGUUUUGUCCUUCAAGAAGCAAGUGACGGGACUCGGCAGUGUCUUAGAGCAGGGUGGAAACGUUAUCUCGGAAGCUGA